AGACAAAGAAGCUCGGCUCUGAGAAAUUAUCUCCCUUUAAAAUGUACACAAAACGGGUUUUCUCGUUUUGUUUUAGAUUUCUUCCUGAUUUUGCAAGAAGGAUACAACAACCUCGUAAGAUUUUUGACAUGUGACCUACCCAGAAAAUAUGAAGAGACUCGGCAUAAAAUAUAUACAAUGUCUUUGUGAAUAGAUCAAAAUGGCAUUUCUUCUAGAAGCUCAGGAACAAAAAAUAGAAUAUGUAUACCCAUUUAUAUGUGGGCUGUGUGGGUUUGGCUCCAGUAAUAUUGAUAUAUUUCAUCAUCAUUUUGAGACACAUGGUGAGCUUGUACCUAGUAGUGUGUUCCAUCUCUGUGAGCUGGAAAAUACGAGGGAUGAUGAGGCAGAAAGUGAGUUGAAUAUAGGAUCAUACUGUUGUAAGACUUGUAACCACACUUUUCCAACAGUCUGUCAUCUCCAGAAACACCUCGAUGAGGACUCGAGCUCUGAUAAAUAUAUUAUGGACCUUCAAACAAAAACCGCAUAUCCUCUCACAAGUCAGUGUGCAUCUGUGCUUUCUCACUCUUUUCUAAGUGAAAGUAAUCUCUGGAAAGACCAAAUAAAUCCAAUAGACAAAAGUCUGUCAGGUAAAUGGUCUUCGAACACAAAAAAUACCAGAAAUGCAUCUCCAAAAAAAAAUGUAAAAUAUGUGAGAGCUAGAAGUAGUGGUGGAAAGUCUGGACCCAAACAAACGCCUGAAAAAAGGCUUGAUUUGCAUUCAUUUCAAGAAUUACUCCACGAGGCUCAGUUAAACCAAAAAGCUGCAAAUAAUGUAUACAGUACUAUAGAAGAUAUAGAUUAUAGUAAUGAUUAUGAUGAUGAUGAUGAUGAUGAUGAUGAUGAUGAUAAUUCAAAUGUUGUUUCCCUCAUACAAGAGGUGACAGUUGGACAGCAUACUUCAAAAAAGUCAAAAACAAAGAAGACAUCUAAACAUACUAGGGAACCAAGAACUAAACUUGGUGAAUGGAUAAAUUGUAAGUACUGUGGUCUUUCCUUUAGGAAGCAAACACAAAGAUCAGAACAUGAAGAAGAACAUAAAACUGUCGAAGGUAAUUUGAAGUAUGCUGCAGAAAAACUAUGCACAUGUGAAAAGUGUGGAUGUGUGAUGCUGAAGUUAAAAUUGCACCUUCAUGCAUGUCUAUUCAGUAAGAGGAUUAGACGACCCCGUGCAAAGGAUGGGGAGCCAAAGAAGACUAGGGAUGUUACAAUCACUCCUUGUCCUUAUUGCGACAAGAAAGUCAAAAAAUACUUCUUAUCACAUCAUAUCAAGGAAGUUCAUCAAGAACAUGAGCCUGUGCCGUGUGAGAUAUGUGGAAAAAUCUUCAGACAUAAGUAUGCUCUCUAUAAACAUGGAAUAUUACACAAAGGUGAAAAGAGGUUUCCAUGCAGCAAAUGUGGAAAGCGAUUUUACACCAGAUCUAAACUGAAAAAUCAUAUGAUAAUGCAUGGUAAUGCUCGAAACUACCAGUGUGAAUUGUGUCCAGCAAAUUAUAAAUAUUUAAGAAAUCUAAGGUUUCACAAAGAAAGAGUACAUUCGGAGAAGGCAGAAGCAAUAUUCCUAUGUGAAUUAUGUCCCAAAUAUUACAAUUACAAGGAUGGUCUUGGUCAGCAUAUGAGAAGAGUCCACAAUAUCUGGGCCACUCCUGAAGAUCCAGACAAUCCAAGAAAAGCACCAGAGAAAUCUAAAGAAAUUUACAACUGUGAUAUAUGUGCAAAAGUAUUGCAUACAAAAAAGGGAUUGACAAAUCAUUUGAAAAACCAUAAAAUUCCCGAGGGGGAGAAACUUCCAUUCCUUUGUGAUGAAUGUCCACAGAGGUACUCGAGCAAGCUGGGUUUAAAGAGACAUAAAGAAAGGCAACAUACAGCAACAGAUUUUAUCAAGGAGUAUAAGUGUGAGCAUUGUCCAAAGGUGUUUACAAGUCCUGAUUCAUUGCGGAUGCAUAAGAAUAGAAACCACAAACCAGGAGACAACUGGCUUCUUUGUGGAUGGAAAGCUUGUAGGCACAGGUUUAAAGAGCAGUCUGAGCUGGAAGAGCACCGUAAAUGUCACAAAGAUACUGUAGAGUUUAUCUGCAAGGACUGUGGUAAAAGCUUUAUGACAUUGAGUGGCUUAGCACAACAUAAUCGAAGACUGCAUCCAAAAAUCGAUAAACUUCCAGAGGUUUCUGAAGUAGAUCUACAAGGUCAUAUACAAGCAGCAAAUCAUGGUGAUGACACUCCUGUAGAUGCCAGUGUAAAUGUUGAUGAUACAACUGCAGUAAUGGAUGCUUUAUCUUCCCUGAAAGAUCAUUCAUACAUCAAUGGAGAUAUCUUUACAGCAACUCCAGUUGUCUUUGAAGAUUUUAAUAUGUCAGUACCAGUUGACGAAGAUGGUAAGACAGGGAUAGAUGCUGGAAUGCUAAGUGAAGGUGUCACCUAUAUGGAUGUGCUUCAAGAACCAAGCAUUGCAGUUAGUGACCCAUCUGCUCAAGAAAAUUCUAAUCAGAGGACAGAUUCAUGUACAGUUGUUAAGACUAGGGGGAAAGCUCUUCCUGAAAGGGAGUGUGUUUCUAAAUUAAACGUUGUACACUUGAAAAAACAUCAAAAUCAAGGAACAGUUGAUAACUCAACUAGUAAGACUAUUUCAAAUGUAAAUGCUGGACAGAAAGCCGAAGUACUGACAACUUUGGUAAUGAAACAAGUAAAGGGUACAGAUGAUAAAACAGUAUGUGCUCCUAAUGUGGUUGGUAAGAAUACUGCUAAAAAAGCAGUGAAAUUGUCUAUAACAUCUAAUAAAAGUAACCCUGGUAAAGGACUAAAAUAUCCAGUAAAAAUACUGCUGAGAAAGGUUUAGUUAUCUCCAUGAAAUUGAUAAGAAUAAAUGGGAAUUUUGAAGUAUCACAUAAUGUCCUUUUGGUUGGAAGUGAAAAUGUUGCAGCAGAUGCAAACCAGUGCAGGGGAAGAAACCCUUCCAGGCCUUUAAAUUGUUAGCAUUGUGGAAAAAUGUGUGUAUCAUUCUGUUGGCUUUUGGACUAAAUAUUUCUCAUUGUGUAACACACCAAGUACUGGUAUAUACAGGACUCUGAAGAAGUGAACACUAUAUCAAGCAUAAUGUGCUCACUUGAUGUACAUCAGCUUCUACUAAAUAUGUCUUAUUGUUAUGUUUUUAUGUUUGAUACUGUAAAAUUUAAUUUUUACUGGACAUGAAAUUUCAUGGUUAUGGUUAAAACAGCUAUUUUCUGGGGAUUUGUAUUUGUGGAUUUCAAAUUUUGAAGAAAAAAUGUUUGGUUAUUUUGCUUUUUUGUUAGGCUUUAAGUAUAAAUGAUUUCACAGUAUUAAUAGAUUUUAGAAAUGUUAUGUGAAUUAAACCUUUACCCUGCUAAAUUUCUAAAGUGGACUGGUCUAUUCAAUUUGGGCAGUACAAUUUAUUAUUAGAAGCGGGCGUGCAGGCUGAUCUUGGUCUGCACUGGUUGCAAAGGUAGAAUCACUUGCUGCCAGCAGGCUAAAGGUUAAAUAAAUACUUAACAGGUAGGGUAUGAUAACAUUUACAAUAUUGAAGCCUGUUUGCUGUAUUAAUCUCUCUUAUUUAUUAUUGACAAAUAAAGAAAUUUUAUUUUGAGA